AUGACUCCGUCCUACAACAUUGCCUCUAUUCCCGGAGACGGCAUUGGCCCCGAGGUCGUCAGCGCCGCUAUCCAAGUGGUCGAAAAAUUAGCGAAAAAGCUGGGAACUUUUCAAAUCGAAUUCACUCAUAUUCCCUGGGGAACUACAUACUACAAACAAACCGGCCGAUAUAUCUCAGAAGAUGCACUAGACACCUUGCGCAAAUUCGAUGCAGGGAUCUUUGGCGCUGUUGGUGCUCCUGACGUCCCUGAUCAUAUCUCACUGUGGGGCCUUCUCCUUGCCAUCAGAGGCCCUCUUCAACUAUACGCCAAUGUCCGACCGGUGCGAACUUUCCCAGGAACUAAAUGUCCACUCAACACCGCAACCGAAGGGAUCGAUUGGAUGCUGGUUCGUGAGAAUUCCGAAGGCGAGUAUGCAGGCCAAGGAGGUCGAUCGCAUGUUGGACAGCAAUGGGAAGCUGCCACUGAAGUGGCCAUUUUCACCCGUGUCGGCAUUGAACGAAUCAUGCGAUUUGCCUUUGAAACCGCCCAGUCACGGCCUCGAAAGCUCUUGACGGUGGUGACCAAGAGUAACUCGAUGCGCCACGGAAUGGUCCUUUGGGAUGAAAUUGCAACUGCUGUGGCAAAAGAUUUCCCGGAUGUAACUUGGGAUAAGAUGCUGGUGGAUGCCAUGACUGUUCGCAUGGUGGCUAAGCCUCAGUCCAUUGAUACCAUUGUCGGCACCAACUUGCAUAUGGAUAUUCUUUCCGAUCUUGCUGCUGCUUUGGCGGGAUCAAUUGGUGUUGCGCCAUCGAGUAAUUUGGAUCCCACGCGCAAGAAUCCGUCUCUCUUCGAGCCUGUCCAUGGCAGUGCGUUCGAUAUCACUGGGAAGGGAAUCGCCAAUCCGGUCGCUACAUUCUGGUCUGCUGCGGAGAUGCUCAAGUGGAUUGGCGAGAAGGAUGCAGCCGAGAAGCUGAUGACUUGUGUGGAGAAUGUCUGUGCUGCGGAUGUUUUGACGCCAGAUCUGGGUGGUACAUCCAACACCCAGGGAGUUGUAGACGCGGUAUUUGCAGAAAUCGAGAAGAUCAACGCAUGA